GGAAGGAGCAGUGAGGCAAGACAGAAAAGGUAAGAUCGGCGCGCUCCCCACCUCGGCCCGCCAGUCUCGAGUGGAAACCUUCAGGGUCUAGAUACCUGGUGUGAAUCUCGUGCAGGGAUGUGAAAAGAAAAUCAUUUUGCUUCAGUAACGCAGACCAAGAUGGUUCUCCGUGGACUUGUGUUGGUGGUGUUGGCCGUCGGCGUCGCCGCCCAGUCCAACUACGCAAACCAUGGCAACAGUAUCGAGUACUCGGGUAGCGGCCUCCCCGAGCAGGCCACGCUGGACGGCAAGGUGACCAAGCUGGACGACCUGUCGCCGGUCAUCUUCCUCAACAGGACCAAGGCGGCCCUCAACUGCGCCGCCGGAGCCAUGGAGGCCGAGUUGAAGUUUGAGGAGCCGUUCUACGGAAUCGCGUUCGCCGAUUUCAACAGGAACAGCCCGUGCUUCGUGUCUGGAAACGGAAAUCUCACCUACAAGAUCGAGAUGCCGCUCAAAGGAUGCGGCAGCGUGCAGAAUCCUCAACGCGUUUUCACGAAUAAUAUUGUGGUGCGUUUCCACCCGAACUUGGAAAUGGACGGUGACGAAGUGAUCACCAUUGUGUGCCGUUAUCCACCCCCGAUCGCCCCACCUCCCCCUGCUCCCCCCAUAGCCCGAAUCCAAUCCGCACCAGGCCCGAUCGUUUCGGAGCCUCCGCUGAAGGGCUUUCAAGUGAUGUUGAUCGUCUGCGCGAUCUUCUUCCUCUCUUUGGUGCUCCUCGGCCUUGCCGCCUCCUACUACUGCCUCUCCAGAAGGAGGGUGGCCGUCAUCAGACGAGUGCCCAUGGCCUUGUCUCUCGCGGGAAGCGAUAUUACGAAAAUGUCCGAGUCUUCCAUUUCCAUGUUUGAAGGACUCAAGAUUCCUCGCGCCACUGUUACUCCAAUUGUUGUUGUUGGAAGCAGCAUCAGUGGCUCAGAAGCGGCUCUGAUCAUUGACGACCAGUCCGACACCCUUCCCAGCGACUACCCCUCGGAGUCCCCGAGCUCUGCUCAUUCUGAAAUGGAGGCCAUCACCGUCAGACAGGCGGCCAGCGAGGUCAGCUCGAUUUACGAUGCGAGUGCCUGCGCCGACGAAUCACUGGUGGUGCACCAGGACAGCCGCGUUCCUCCGCCGCCCCAAUUCGACGUGUCCGUGCGCGUCAAGAGAGCCGCUCCUUCGCCUCCUCCAAGGGCGUCGUCCAUUUCCUGCAGCUCCCGCGGCUCGACGCCGCCUCCACCAAUGCCGGUGAUGCCGUUGCCGGCCGCAGUGGCCGACGUCUCGACCGCCGAGGCCCUUCGAAUCCAAGAACGCAACUUGACCACCAUUCUGGAGCGCGAAGACCUUGCCGAGGCCGCACCAACGAUGCGGGCGUCAGCCCACCUGACGGUCCAACCACCCAUCCAGCCGACGGUGACCAUCACCACGCGUCCUCCGGUCUACUCCCGAAUCCUGCGAAGGCAAAAGAGCGACGAGUCCGAGGUCCGCCUCCAACGCCGCGACAGCCUCAACACCCUCAACACCGAAAACACAGACACCCACUCGGUCAAUGAGGUCGUUGACGAAGGUCUGGCCACCAUCGAACUGGAGCCGCCGGUGGUCGCCGUGCACAAGCCUGAAAUCACCCAGCACGUCGUGGACGACGUCUUCCUGCGCACCAUCACCGAAAAGCGUAUCAUCGAGGAUAUUGAGCGCCGCACGCGCGAGGUGACCGAGUUCCACGCCAGGGUGCCGCCACCCCCUCCCCCGGUCACCUUCGACGUUGCCAUCCGCAGCUACCCUGACCCGAACGCCGUGCCCGACUGGGACCGCUACUCCACCGCCUCCAGCUCGACCAUGAUCUCCGAACCCAAGGAGUCGUACCGCAGCUCGAUGAACAUCCCCAUGCCGGCCGAACCGAUCGCCAACUGGGACGUUUUGAUCCGCGUCCUUGAAGUCCCAGAGGCCGAACCCAACCUGCUGUCCCCCGCUUUGGUCAGUAAGGCCAAUGAAAUCAAUGUUGACGACGACCGCUCCAGCGUGUGCUCGGCGACCUCCAUCCUGACGAACGCCGACCGCGAGAAGUGGCGGCAGAUCAUCACCACCGAGUCGACCCUGCGCACCCUGCUGACCGAGGCCACCGUCCGCGAGGACUACGAACGCAUCCGACACGAUCAGCGCUACGAGCAGCUCUUCGAACCGCAAAAGUGGGACGUCAUCAUCCGAGUUUUGGCGCCGCCCGAGGAUGAGCAGCGAGUGCGUUUCAGGAAGGCUUCGGCGUCAUCCCGCAGUGACUGGGACAACCGCAGCCGUCGCAGUUCGCUGCCCACCCUGUACGAGUUCGACUCGGACGCCGCCUCGGUGCACACGGGUGGCGCCGAGCGCGUCUCCGUCAAGUCGCACAAGAGCAGCUACCGCUCCGACGCCCACGACAUGCGCUCCAUGUCCGAGUUCACGUGCAACGACUUCGCGGCCCGUCCUGAAGACCACGCCUACAGCGACGCCAGCGGCCCUGCCGAGUACCAGUACGACGACCAGGCCGGCAGCCUGAUGCGUUCGGCCAGCCAGCCCUCGUUGGCCCGUUCGGCCUCCGAGUUCACCGAGCGCCGCUGGGCCGUCGAGAGCAACAUGAUGGCCUCCAGCCCCGAGCAAACGCCUGUGCUCGCCAGGAGGGCCAAGUCCAGCGAGUUGCUCCUCAGCACCUCGUCCAGCUACGUCGCCUCCUCCUCGGUGCACCACCAGUACCAGGAGCGUUGGGGCGCCGACAGCGAGAGCAGCUACAAAUAAUUUUAAAUCGCAUGAUUUAUUUUAUAAAUUCAAAAUUGGGCCCAAUUCAUAAAUGUGAUUGUGCAAUUUUAUUUGCACCAUUGGAAAUUGUUUAAAAAAAUUAAUUUUCUCUUUGGAAGAGUUUGGUAUAAAAUGUACUUAACUGCACUAAUAUGACUGAUUAUUUUUUCAGAUUUUUGUCUACUAUCUUUGGAAAAUUAUGAUAUACCGAUUUUUUUUUUUUAAAUAUACUGUGUAACAUUUGUUGUUAGAAGUCAUAACAUAGAUUGUAGAUUCGUCGCGCGAACAUAAUACAAUGUGCCAUUUUGCCGAUGACGGUGGCCGACGCUUCCGCUUUGAGGUCACCGUCAAAGUAGUAUUAGAUUUUUUAACCUUGGUGGAUAUUUUUGAGUUUUCAUUCCCCGAAAGCUCAAGAUUAUCUGCAACCGCAAUUGGAUCUCUUCGAAAUAUCUUCUACUCUCGAGCAAAAUUUGGCAUUCAUUUAGUAGUUUGAUUCUAUUUCCUCCGUCCGAUUACUAUGAAUUUUUAGUCAUUCUAAAUUUGCGUAAAAGGAAUAAAGAGCUAGACGAGUGAUUGGAAUUUUUUUGGGAUUUCCAUUUUGUCACAAGGGUAAAACGCUGCUUCUCUGAGGGCUACUGGUUUCUCUGUUUACUAUGCAAAGGUGCUUUAACCGAAGAGCUGUUUACUUAUAAAAAAGACAAAUAAAUAAAUGUACUUGAUUAACACAAAAAAA